UGCAGCACACGUGUGGACCCGGCUCAUCACAACAACAUGGGGAAACGAAGGCAGAAAAAUCAAGUUUUCACUAAUUUAUCCAAAAAACAGAAAAAACACCUGAAGGAGUUUGGAGAGGAGCAUCCCUUCCACGAUGCGGUAAAUGAAAGACCAGAAAGGCUGGAAAUUGUGGAACUGCCUCCAAGUCCAGAACAAUCUGACAUAGAGUCUGAUCAGCUGGACGGAGAAGAAGAGGAGGAGGAACCAGAGCAGAAAACAGCCUACCAGAAGCUUCUCUCAACUCUAAGUCAACCCACAGAGGAAGCUCUGAGUGAGGAGGAUGAAAGCACUGAUGAAGAGGAAGAGGAGGACUUGCUUGUUGAAGCCGAGGGCAUUGAUGAAGCAGGGGUUGAAAGUGGGGAGGAAGAAGAAGAGGAAAUUGGUGAAGAGAAACCAGCAGAUGCAGAGGCAGAUGCAGAUGAAGAUACAGAAAAUAAAGAAAAGGUGGAGGCGGGAGAUGAAGAGUUUGUCGACAAGAAGCAUGAGUCUGAGUUUUGUCUGGAAAGCAACUUCAUGGACGGAGAACAGGAGGAGGCUGAAGACGCUGCACACGACAACAGCAAAGACAUGUUUUUCCAGCACUUGGAUACAGAACUUACUGAAGAGGAUGUACAGAAGAUAACAUCUGGCAGCAAAAUCAAAACUCAGAUUGCGUGGCCAAAGUUGGGAAAUCUUCUCUGCACCAAUCCCCAUGACAUGUUUGGUCCCGUUGGCCCACAAAAGGAAACGAACCUCCCAGUUUUUCACAAACGUUUGGAGACGAGUUGGAAGGAUCUGAACCAGACAUCCAGUCCUAAAGGAGUAUCUGGGGAGAUUAGCCCACUGCAGCUGGAGUUACUGGCCCUCAUGGGGACGUACAGGGAUCUCUACUACCCAGAGACGUGUCCUCUGAAGCAGGGCCCACAUGUGCGCAGUGCUUACUGCCUCCAUGUGCUCAACCAUGUCCUGAAGGCCAACGCCCAAGUCCUGGCCCACAACGCCCAACUGAGAGAGCAAAAACAGACCAAGUCUAAAGGUGCAGCUGCGCUGCAGGAGGAACCCAGAGACCAAGGACUGACCAGGCCCAAGGUCCUGAUCCUCGUUCCAUUCCGGGGCAGAGCGCUGCAAGUCAUCCACACACUCAUCAGCCUCAUGGAGAGCAAAGGCAAGACCAUCGUAGUCAGCAACAAGAAGAAGUUCAAAGGGGAGUUUGGAGAGGAAGCCGAUGACAAGCCCCCCAACCUGCACAGACCUGACGAUUACCACGCCGUCUUCUCAGGGAACGUAGACGAUCACUUCAGGAUAGGAGUGUCCAUCAUCAGGGGCAGCAUGCGUCUUUACGCCCCCUUUUACUCCUCAGACAUCAUUAUUGCAUCUCCACUUGGUCUUCGAACUGUGCUGGGAGCAGAAGGAGAGAAGAACAGGGACUUUGACUUCCUGUCGUCCAUCGAGCUGGUGGUGUUGGACCAAGCAGAUGUCUUCCUCAUGCAAAACUGGGAGCAUGUUUUGCAUGUGAUGCAGCACUUGAACCUGCAACCUCUGGACUCCCAUGGGGUCGACUUCUCCAGGGUGAGGAUGUGGAACCUCAGCAACUGGGCCAAACACUACAGACAGACGCUGGUGUUCAGCUCCAUCCAGGACCCGCAGAUCAACAACGUUCUCACCAAACACUGUUCCAACUACAGAGGACAGAUUGCCACUAAGAACAUUCAGAAGACGGGUCUCAUCUGUCAGGUUCUGGUUCAGCUGCCUCAUGUGUUUCAGAUGUUUCCCUCUGACAGCUUUAUUGAUCAUGAUGCUCGGUUUCAGUUCUUCAUCGAUAAGGUGCUGCCUCAGUACAAGGACUCUGUCAUGUCCCACACUCUGAUCUACAUCCCAUCCUAUUUCGACUACAUCCGUUUGCGAAACUACAUGAAGAAAGAGGAGAUCAACUUUACCAGCAUCUGCGAGUAUUCCAGCAAGUCGGAGGUUUCCCGAGGCCGGCACUUCUUCCAGAAAGGGGAAAAACGGUUCAUGCUCUUUACGGAGCGCUUCCACUUCUACAAAAGGUACACCAUCAAAGGGAUUCAGAACCUGAUCUUUUACGGCCUGCCCUCCUUCCCCCACUUCUACAGCGAGGUGUGCAACAUGCUGGCAGCAGGAGGCCAGGCCGAGGAGGCCAGCUGGACCUGCACUGCCCUCUACUCCCGCUACGACGCUCACAAGUUGGCUGCCAUCACCGGAGCACAGCGAGCUGGACAGAUGCUGCACUCAAACAAGUCUGUUCACCUCUUUAUCACGGGGGGCGAGGACAAGGCCACCUGAUCACCCCAGACAGAGCGACUACAAGAACCAGCGGACUAAAAGCCUUGUAGGCGACAGCUGUGCUUAUGAAGACCUUAUUAAACUGUUUUCUACUGUAGAAUGACUUUGCCCCUUUUGGUUACUUUAGGGCAGCAUCACUUUCACUCUCGUGGGGAUCAGAAAAAGUGUUUCAUGAGAUGAAACUCGUAAUGUGAAGAGAUUAUAAAAUGGGUGAUCUUUUAAAAACACCCUUCACUAUUUAAGUAGCUUCCUUAUACCUGCGUUGAAAGCACAGAUUCGUAAUUGAGUGCAGCAUUCAUGGUUUUAAGACGAAAGUGAAUUGUCCACAGAGGUGGGUAGAGUAGCCAAAAAUGUACUCAAGUAAAAGUACUGUUACUUCAGAAUAAUGUGACUCAAGUAGAAGUAAAAAGUAGUCAUCUAAAUAAUUACUUGAGUAAAAGUAAAAAUGUACUUGGUGAAAAAACUACUCAAGUACUGAGUAACUGUUGAGUAACGUCUGAUUUAUUUUUUUAACACAACCUUUCAAACAGACAAAAGUACAAAAUAAUCAUCUUAAGGCAAAUUAAAUCAAUAAAAUAAAAUAAUUAAAAUUAAUGAAAAAUAAAAAAUUGUUUAAAUUAAAAUAAGAAUAAAGUAAAUUCAAGUACUUUAAUAAAUCCCGGGCGCCGUUCAUAUGGCAGCCCACUGCUCUCUAGUCUAAUUAGAGAUGGGUUAAAUGCAGAGAAAGAAUGUCCCCGUUGUGGGACUAAUAAAGGAAGAAGAAAUAAUAAAAUAAAUUAUUAUUUCGUUUAUUCCGGCAUGUUUAUAUAGACACAUUUCAUCUCCAGAACAUUAUACAUUGCAUACUCAGCACAUGACGAAAAGGGUACGGGAGAAGCUGACGCUUAUCAAAGUCCCGCCCCGUUCUAUGUAAGAUUCAUGAUCACAUCAACAACAGAAUUCAGUAAGAUACAUAGUUUACCACAUAGCAAUUUGUCUAAUUUCAUCCUUCACAGUCCAGAUAGCAUGUAUGUUUGUACACGUGUCCAGUCCACUCAUCCUGAUCACCGUUCCUGUGAUUUACUACUGUGUCCACUGUUCAGUUAUUUUUAUGUCCAAGUCUCUUUUUGCAUGCAAUCCAAUUUGCAAUGGAGGUGCGUGUGUCAAUGCAGAUUUUGAUUAGUCGCUGUCCUCUGGCUCUCUAGCUGCCACAGCCUUUGCCCCCUCCCCUCGUACUGACUUCAUCUCCUCACGAGCUUUGGACACAUCCGACCAUACACUGGUCAGUCUCCCCUGGAUGUCAGCGAGGCCAGAGAGCAGCUUUGCCUGAUCAGCUCUCACUUUUCUCAACUUUUGUAGCAUCCAGACCCCGCCAAGCCCUAGGAUCACCAGGCCCACCGUCAUGCCCGUGAAGAUAUAGACGUCCUCCACGUCUUCCAUAUCCAGCACCCCAAGACACACCACUCUCCAUUUGUUCCAACUGUCCAUAGUGUACCCCGCCAAGAAUGUCCCAUCUGGACAGGCCGGUUCCCCUGUCCCAGCACGCCGUGUAGAAAAAAUCUUGUCAAUAGAUUUAUUGAUGAAUCUAAAUGAUUUAUUUAGAUUUACACAAUAAAUUAAUAACAGAAUAAAAAAUAAAUUAAGCGAAAGUAGCACAAAAUUUCAAGCCUUUGUACUUUUCUUUUUUAACCAGGCAGAACUAGAACAAGCCCAUGAACUCGUAUAAAUAUAAUGUGUGUGUUUGAGUCUGUGUAUAUGUGACAAAACAUGCAAAAACAAACAUUUUUCCCAAAGAAUCACCUAGUGAUGGCAUGAGAUUGACGCGUACGCGAAUAAAAGGAACGAGCUCAACGUAGCCUAAUGUAGCGGAGUAAGAGGAACAGUUUCUUCUUCACAAAUCUACUCAAGUAAAAAGUAUAGUGAUUCAAAACUACUCCUAAAAGUACAACAUUUCCCAAAACGUACUCAAGUAAAUGUAACGGAGUAAAUGUAACUCGUUACUACCCACCUCUGAUCGUGCAGCAUAGCAACCAAAAUUAGAUUUGAUUUCCUGAGAUCAGCAGGACCAGAGCCAGCUUGGUGGGGCGUACGGGUGAUAAUGGUGUUAUCCUGCGAUGCUGAGCUGGACACCUCCAGGAAAGUACAUGAAAACCCAUCUAUGACCAAAUAACUCAACUUAGCACAAAAGGUUUGUGUUUGGUAAAGUAUUUCUUUGUUGUAAU